AGCUUGUUAGUCGUGUACAACUAAUUGAUCGGUGAACAAGCCAAAAAUUUAUUCAUCGCAGGAAAUUCCGUUAAAAUGAAAUUCAAAAGUUGUGCGAUAUUAGCAUUUGCUAUUCUGUGUAUUGUUUUCACAAAAGUAGCAUGUGAAACGGAACCUGAUAAGGAUGACCCGACUACAACAGUAACUCCAGAACCGCCAAAGAAAACACCUGUGAAGGAUAGCAAGUUGUGCAAAAAGUGUAUUUGUGAUAUUCAAAAUAACUUUCUCGAUUGUAAUGAGAAAUUAGGCGACUGGUUCUCUUCGGAUCAAUGGAAUGAUUUAACCAACGGAGACGUGGUGUUCAAAACCAUAAGAUUGGAGCACAACAAUUUAACCACUAUCCCGGCUCUACCCGCAUACGGUGUGGAGAACUUAUACUUGGCAUUCAAUCAGAUUGAGAACAUCACUUUGGGAGCUUUUCGGAAUUUGAGUGAACUAGUGAACCUGGAUAUAUCGCACAACAAGCUAACCACAAAGACUCUAGUACCCGAUGUCUUCCAAGGACCUUACUCGACGAGUGACUACAAGCCUCUGCCAAAGUUGAGAUCGCUAAAUUUGGGAUAUAAUGAUCUGCACUCUCUGGAUGGAGAUAUCUUCGAACACAUUCCCCAACUGGAGGAGCUAGUGCUGUGCUCCAAUCCGUUCCAAAUUAUUAACAAAAAUGCCGAAGUAGCUAUUUCGGGACUGGCCUACCUAAAGACUUUGGAUAUUUCUUAUUUGGAAAUUGAUGAACUGCCGGAAACAGUUCUGCAUGGACCCCGGGAUCUAAAUACUCUUUUGGCAGCUGGAAACGAAUUUAGAAGUUUACCAGAUGGCUUGGAAUACGCACAGAACCUGAUCCACCUUGUUUUGAAUGAAAAUCCCAUUGAGAAUUUGGUUGGGGACAAUGUAUUUCCGAAUAUGACGAGCCUAAAAUACCUGAGUAUGAGUUUCAUGCCAAAGCUGUACAAGAUAGGACCAGGGGCUUUUAGUGAACUGCAGAACCUCACUGAACUGAUUUUGUCAGACAACAAAUUCUUGAACGAAUUUGACGAGCUGGCAUUUUCAAAGAACGUUACGGGAGGACCCUACCUAGACUAUCCUCCAUUGGAACAUUUUUUCCUGAACAACUGCAACUUGACAGUCCUGCCGAAGCCUCUGUUGGUUCGCUGGGAUAAAGUUAAAGUACUUGACCUUCAAUAUAAUCCAUGGAGAUGCGACUCAUCCAACGACUACUUGAUCAACGAGUUAAUCGGACAUGUUAACAAAACCAAUUCAAUCUUGGCCAAGAAUGUUAAGUGUGCGUUUCCAGAUGAGCUGAAAGAUGUUACUGUUUUACGAGUAGCAGAUGAGCAUUUGGUUCAAACCCCUGGAGCCAGUUUGGUGUGGAUUGGUCUGCUUGUUGUCCUUCUGAUUGUUAUCCCAACCGUAGUGGCCGCCUACGCAAUUAAAAAACGCGGCUGCUUUGGUCGGUUCCGUCGCAGUGACAGUGUCGCUAACCGAGCCCUCUACAAUAGGACCAGUUUCAAUGAAGAUUUUCAUAUUUAAUUUAAGUUUCUUGCGACUAAAAUAUAAAGUUUUCCAAAAUACAUACUAAAUAGGCUAAACAAUUAA